AUGUCGGUAGCAACACCUGAGUUUGACGAGGUGUGGCGUUGGGACGGGUGGACAACUUCUGAUGAGACUCUCACUCAUGGCGCGGUCGACUCGGACGGCGAUGUUGUUCUCGUGGGGACACAAGGCUACGCGGCCGCAGAAGACCUUGUCGAUGACACCUUUGUAGAUGCCUAUUCCGGAGAUUUCGCGGCCGUCAAGUUGGAGGGUGCAUCAGGCGAGGUGCUAUGGACUUGGACAGCUUCCUCUUUGGGGAGCGAAGCGGACGUCUUUCUGGCAAGUGACACCGACAGCAACAACGACGUCAUUAUGGGGGGUACAACAGAGGGGUACUGGUCAUCUUCCAACCACGACAGUGUCCCACAUCUGGCGGCCGUGAAACUUGACGGCAGCACGGGGGAUGAGAUAUGGAGGUACCAAGAACGCCCUCCGGACUCGUACACGUCUUUAGAAAGUUUUUUUUACUACGGUUCCGGCAGUGUGCUAGGUGUGGCUGUCGACGGUGACGAUAACUGCUUCUUGGCGGGGCAGACCUAUGGAAGCCUGGUCUUCGGCGAGGGUGACCCUGGAGAUUCUGAUUUCUUCGUCAUCAAGCUAGACGGGACGGACGGCAGCGAGAUGUGGACGGUACAAGGCGGAGAGUCGACGAGCUUCGAUGCAUUUCACAACGUAAAGGUGGACUCGGGCGGAGAUCUGAUCGCCGUCGGCAUUGGCGGAGACGAAGACGCAGUGAAUGUUGUCGUGAAGUUCAGCGGCACCGACGGUGCCGUUCUCUGGGAAUAUUCACCUGUCACGUCGUUCACUCAUGAUGUUCCCCAGUCGGUCGACGUUGACACCCAGGACGACGUGUAUAUUGCUGGCGGCUACGAUGCCCUGAAUCUGCACGGUAUUCUAGCAGAAACUCCGGUGGUGCUGAAGCUAGACGGGGCGACAGGGGAUGUCGUGUGGACCUACGAAGGCGUAAACACAUCGAGUGCUGGGUUCUCUCGUAUUGCCGUGGAUCUCACAACGGGGUGGGUUGUGGGUGCUGGCUGGACGACAGGGACCUGGUUGACGGGUGCAGCUCAAGGCGGCUAUGACUUCGCUGCGGUGGUGCUAGAUGGGGUCACUGGAGAUGAACUAGGGCGCUACCAGGAUGGUACCACCGAUGACGACUAUCUUUCGUUCGUUGGAUUUGAUUCCGUUGGGGGCUUAAUCAUAGGGGGGCAAUGGACGGACACCGGCGGAGAUGAGUUCGUGGCGAUCAAGUUUGCACCCUUCGAACUUAUAGCGCCUACACCGGCCCCUACCCUCCCUCCAACGCUCAUCCCAACGCUCACCCCAACACUCACCCCAACACCCGCGCCAACAAUCGCUCCAGUCACUUUGGCUCCCAUGACGACUCCUUCCCCUCUAGCCAUAUCGGCAGACUCGGCGAUCCAACACCUGCUCCAUUUCAGUUAA